AAGGGGGAUGGCGACCGGGUCCAAGCCUGGUAGGAGAGAGGGGAGCAGUCGGAAUCUCUCACCUCUCCGAGGCCCCAAGGUUGAGAGCUCCAAGUUUGCUCCUCGCGAUUAAUCAAGUACGUCUCCCCUUGGGCCGGAAGCUGCUCGGGAUCUGGCGGGCCCGCUCCCGCGGCGUUUGUCCUGGAGUCUCCGGCCACCUUCGCACUUCAGCUGCGUUUCGACCUAGGUGGCCCUGCGCUGCAGUGGGUAUAGACGGUGGGGUGGGGGGCUGUCGCUACUUCUCCCAGCUCCGGUUGGCGCCCAUGUGAACCUUAACAUACCGGGGCUGAGCCCACUGAAGGCGGCGGCCCCUGGGAGCGGAGCACUUGUGGGGUCUGCGGGGAGGAUGAGGACCCGCCUCCCGGCGGAGCGGAGCUCCGGCAGCCUCGGUUGUUUGUUCCCGCCGGGCCCCUCCGCGGAGCCACUGCGCCCGCGGACUCCCGCCCCGCCCCACCCUAGGAGCUCCGCCCCGGGCUCUCGCUCUUCCGCUUAGGCAGCCGCUAGGCGGGAGGGAUGAAUCCCCCGACCUUCCCCUCCCCACGUCCCGGGGGCCCGGAGCCCGAGACUGGUCUGGGCGAGAGGAGGCCCGGCUCCUUCCGGGGGCAGGCGCGGGCUCGGGCUCCUGGGGCCCCGGAGAGAGCAGCCAGUCGGGUGCUCACCCAGAGGCGGGAGCGGCCGAGUCGGGCCACGAGGGGGCGCUGCGGAGCCGGGGAACCCCUCCCGACCCGCCUCAGUCCCCCGCCCCUUCCCCGCCCGCGCGCAAAACACACUCGCCCCAGAGGCAGCGCGGCGGAGCCGGAGCCGGAGCCGCGGCCGGAGCGGAGCCGAGAACGGCGGCGGCGGCAUCAUGACCCUGGGCAGCUGCUGCUGCGAGAUCAUGUCCUCCGAGAGCUCCCCGGCCGCUCUGUCCGAGGCGGACGCAGACAUAGACGUGGUGGGCGGCGGCGGCGGCGGCAGCGCUGGGGGGGAGCUCCUGGCCCGCCCCGGGCCCCGGGUCCCGCGGGACGUGCUCCCGCACGGCCCGGAGCCUCCCGUGGAGGAAGCCGAGGCGGACGCAGCUGAGGAAGAGGAGUCCGGCGGCUGCUCGGACGGCGAGCCCCGCGCUCUGGCGCCGCGAGGGGCGGCAGCUGCAGCGGGGAGCCCUGGGUCAGGCACCGCAGCGGCGGCCCGGGGCGCGGCGGGGCCCGGACCGGGUCCGCCGUCGGGGGGCGCGGCGACGCGGAGCCCGCUGGUGAAGCCGCCCUACUCGUACAUCGCGCUCAUCACCAUGGCCAUCCUGCAGAGCCCCAAGAAGCGCCUGACGCUGAGCGAGAUCUGCGAGUUCAUCAGCGGCCGCUUCCCCUACUACCGGGAGAAGUUCCCCGCCUGGCAGAACAGCAUCCGCCACAACCUCUCCCUUAACGACUGUUUCGUCAAGAUCCCCCGCGAGCCGGGCAACCCGGGCAAGGGCAACUACUGGACGCUGGACCCGGAGUCCGCGGACAUGUUCGACAACGGCAGCUUCCUGCGGCGCCGCAAGCGCUUCAAGCGGCAGCCUCUCCCGCCGCCGCAUCCGCACACGCAUCCUCACCCCGAGCUGCUGUUGCGCGGGGGCGCGGCGGCGGCGGGGGACCCCGGCGCCUUCCUGCCGGGCUUCGCCGCUUACGGCGCCUACGGCUACAGCUACGGGUUGGCGCUCCCUGCCUACGGCGCCCCCCCUCCGGGCCCGGCCCCGCAUCCGCACCCACACCCGCACGCCUUCGCUUUUGCCGCCGCGGCCGCCGCCGCGCCUUGCCAGCUGUCGGUCCCCCCAGGUCGUGCCGCUGCACCUCCACCAGGACCUCCGACGGCCUCGGUGUUCGCGGGCGCGUCCUCGGCUCCAGCCCCUGCGCCUGCCCCUGGCACAGGGUCGGGCCCGGGCUCGGGCCCCGCAGGCCUGCCCGCCUUCCUGGGCGCAGACCUGGGCUGCGCCAAAGCUUUCUACCCCGCAUCACUGAGCCCUCCCGCAGCUGGCACAGCGGCCGGUCUGUCCACCUCACUCCUGCGCCAGGGCCUCAAGACAGACACGGGCGGUGGUGCGGGCGCGGGUGGUGCCGGGGCCGGGCAGAGGCCUUCCUUCUCUAUAGACCACAUCAUGGGCCACGGUGGCGGCGGGGCAGCACCCCCGGGCGGAGGCGAGGGCUCGCCGGCAUCACCGUUCGCAGCAGCGGCAGCGGGUCCUGGGGGUCAAGCCCAAGUCUUGGCCAUGCUGACUGCCCCGGCUCUGGCUCCAGUGGCCAGCCACAUCCGCCUCUCGCACCCCGGGGACUCCCUCCUGUCCUCAGGGCCCCCGUUUGCCGGCAAAGUUGCUGGUCUCAGUGGCUGCCACUUCUGACCGCGUCGGGCUCGGGGCCAUUUAGGCCCGUACUCCUUAGCCUCUCCCGAGAGCUCCUGCGGCCCCAGCGGAACUCAGGGAGUCUAUUUAUGAAGAGUCUCCAGACCUUGGGCCUGCGCGUAACUUGGCUCCACGCUCAGAAUCUCGGCGAUUGUUGGGACGAAGCGGGCUCCGUCGCUCAGGGAGAGGCCCGGGUCUGCGCAACAAGGUCGCAAGCCAGGAUCCCAUUCCAGUUUGAGCAGUAAGAGGGGAAGGGGAAAGUCUUCGCAUUUUCCGAGCCUCUGCGCUUCUAGCAGCCUGGGAAGAAUGCUUUCCCCGGUGCCCUCCCAGGCCCUCGGAUCCUGCCCGAAACACCAGACCGACUGCGCAGAGAGGUCUUUAUCUCUCCUCCACUUCUUCCCCGACUUUGAGGCCCUGCCUACCCGCCCAAUAUUAUAAUUUAAAGACACCUAUUACCUGCUUCGUGCUUAAGAGAAAAAUACACCCCCCCCCCGCCUUUCUUCAAGGAAGUUCGUUCUCUCUGAAGCCUAAAGCUGUGUCUACACAGGUGAAGCUGAACCGAGCGGUGAAGUGAGGGGCUUCCGCAACCCCUGCGGAAACCCUGGAUUCCACUCCGCUGGGAAACAUCGUUCCUCUUGUGUGUUGGGGUGCUUUUGAAGGAACUUUUCCUCUCUCGCGUGGCCGGCUGGGUCCAGCCAACCAGGGCCAGCAGCCCUGUCAGCGCUCUGCUCUGCCCCAGGCCCUGGGAUAUUUAUUGUAGCUAAGGCAAUGAGU